CAAUCCUCCGAGCCUGCAUUUACGAUGCAUUUAUGAUGCAUAUUAUGUGAAGGGAGUGGCGGUUGCGGCUCUUUUUUGGUGGCGGUUGCGGAUUGAUUAUUAUUUGAUAAAAAGAGCCCUUGCUUACAGUUACAGACGCCUUGUGUCUUAUGAUAUAUUUUAGGAAAACUUGAAGCUGAAUUAGUAUGGCUGUGAACGUGUACUCGACCGGCGUGACGUCGGACAAUAUGAGCCGGCAUGAUAUGCUGGCCUGGGUGAACGGCUGCCUCCAGGCCAACUACGGCAAAAUUGAGGAGCUCUGCAACGGGGCAGCAUAUUGCCAAUUCAUGGACAUGAUGUUUCCCGGUUCUGUACUUGUUAAAAAGAUCAAGUUCGCUACAAAACUAGAACAUGAAUAUAUACACAACUUCAAGAUUCUACAAGCUUCGUUUAAAAAGAUGAAUGUCGAUAAGAUCAUCCCCGUGGACAAGCUGGUCAAGGGCAAGUUCCAGGACAACUUCGAGUUCCUGCAGUGGUUCAAGCGGUUCUUCGACGCCAACUACGACGGAACCGAGUACGACGCGCUCGAGGCACGCGGCGGGGAGGCCAUGGGCGGUGCCGGCGUGGCGUCUCGACUGGGCGGGGGAGGCGCCGCGCCGGCCAAGCGGAUCGGCAUGGCGCGGCCGGCGCCGCGGGCCGCCGCACCGCGCCCUGCACCCGCGGCCAGCAGGGCGGCGCCGGCGGCGAGAGCAGCGCCCCGCGCGGCGGCUGCCGCAAAGCCAACUGCGCCCGAUCACCGCCAGGCGGAGUUGGACGAGCUGAACCUGCAGAUGGCCGACAUGCGACUCAGCGUGGAGGGUCUGGAGAAGGAGCGCGACUUCUACUUCGGCAAGCUGCGUGACAUCGAGGUCAUUUGCCAGGAGGACGAGUCAGACAACAAGAUGAUCCAAAGGAUCUUGGACAUUCUCUAUGCCACAGAGGACGGGUUCGCGGUGCCGGACGAAGAAGAGGGCGUCCCGCCGCCGCCCGAAGAGGAGGAAUACUAACGCGUCGUGCGCAUAAGCCUGCGAUCAACGGGCGCCGGUGCGGGCCGCGCGGGCCGGCCGGGGCAUGUGGAGGGGGUGGGGGCUGGCCACUCACUGAUUGACCGCCGCGGGGCGAGAGGGGCUGAUCUGCUUUUAACCGUACUACUGUCGGACACCUGGCGGCCGAGGGCCGGGGCGGCGCGGGCCGAAUCCGCCGCCGCACCCGCCCGAGCGGCUGGCCUGACGUGUCCUGUGGUGAAAUAAACAAGCGCCUUGUU